CAAAUGAAUAUGGCGGCGGCCUCCAUUGCACGUGUUUGUUUUCAUUAGGGUGCAGAAGAAAAUGAUAAUUUGAAUAUAAACAAUUUGAUCUAAAACAGUCGUGGGAAAUUUGAAGUGAGAAAUCGGCAUCUCCAUUCGAUUCGCUGAAACAAACUCAAACUGAUUGAUCAAGACAAGCCCAGGAAACAACUUUUACAGAAGAUAAAGAGUAGUCCGGCGAGUGUAAAGUGGACAUCAACAAAAUGACUACCGCAAAACGAUCAACUUUAUUUUUGGAGGAUGGUUCCAGCUUUUCUGGAACAUCUUUUGGCGCGCCGGUCAGUGUUGCUGGCGAAGUAGUUUUUCAGACAGGAAUGGUUGGCUAUCCAGAAUCUCUGACGGAUCCGUCUUAUAAAAGACAGAUCUUAGUUUUAACCUAUCCAUUGAUAGGCAAUUAUGGCAUUCCUGCGGAAGAAAAAGACAAAUAUGGUUUAAAGCAUUGGUUUGAAUCAAAUGAAAUACAUGCAGCAGCACUCAUUAUUGGAGAUUUGACUGAAAAGUACAGCCAUUGGAGUGCCAUACAAUCUCUAUCAACAUGGCUAGAAGACCAAAAUAUACCGGCUAUUUGGGGUGUUGAUACUAGAGCUUUAACCAAAAAAAUUCGAGUAAAGGGAACAAUGCUGGGAAAGGUGAUUGUGGACAGUGAAAAUCCAGAUAGCAUUAAGAUGACUGAUAUUAAUUUAAUUAAUUUGGUGGCAGAAGUUUCAUUAAAGGUGCCUGUUGUAUAUAAUAAAGAAGGAAAGUUAAAGAUAGUGGCUGUAGAUUGUGGUAUUAAAUAUAAUCAAAUAAGAUGUUUAUGUAAGAGAGGAGCAUCGGUUACUGUUGUACCAUGGGAUUAUCAACUUAAUAGUUCUGAAUAUGAUGGAUUGUUUCUAAGUAAUGGACCUGGUGAUCCCAAGAUGUGUGAUGCCACAAUUGAAAAUAUUAGACGUAUAGUUUCAGAAGACAAAUAUAAACCUAUAUUUGGUAUAUGUCUCGGUCAUCAAUUACUGUCACUAGCCAUUGGUGCUACAACAUUUAAAAUGAAAUAUGGUAACAGAGGUCACAAUCAGCCUUGUAUAUAUCAAGAUACAAUACGAUGUUAUAUAACUACACAGAAUCAUGGUUUUGCUGUUGAUGCUAAUACAUUACCAAAAGGAUGGGGACCAUUGUUUACAAAUGCUAAUGAUAAAACUAAUGAAGGGAUCAUUCAUGAAACAAAACCCUUUUUCAGUGUUCAAUUUCAUCCUGAAAACAUGGCAGGUCCACAAGAUCUGGAACUGUUGUUUGAUGUGUUUCUAGCUCAAGUAGCAGCCCAUAAAGCAGGUGAACAAAGCCUAACUGUAAAACAGAGAUUAUAUAAAACACUAGAAAACCCUAAAACAUCAAUGGUAAAACAGACUCCUAUUAGACCGAAGAAAGUAUUAAUAUUAGGUUCUGGUGGUUUAUCUAUAGGUCAAGCAGGAGAAUUUGAUUAUUCAGGUUCACAAGCAAUAAAGGCAUUAAAGGAAGAGUCCAUACAAAUAGUUUUGAUAAAUCCAAAUGUUGCUACAGUACAAACAUCAAAAGGUCUGGCUGAUAAAGUCUACUUCUUACCUAUAACAACUGAUUAUGUUGUACAGGUGAUAAAAUCGGAGAGACCAGAGGGUAUUCUUUUGACUUUUGGAGGGCAAACAGCAUUGAAUUGUGGGAUACAGUUGACCAAAUUAGGGAUUCUAGAACAAUAUGGAGUCAAAGUUUUAGGAACACAAGUUUCAUCAAUAGAAUGGACGGAAGAUAGGAAGAUAUUUGCCAACAAAAUGGCAGAAAUCAAUGAAAAAGUGGCUCCUAGUGAAGCAGCAGAAACUGUUGAACUGGCAGUACAAGCAGCAGAUAGAUUAGGUUAUCCAGUCUUGAUAAGAGCUGCUUUUGCUCUGGGUGGACUUGGAUCAGGUUUUGCAGAUAAUAAAGAAGAACUGGUAAUCUUAGCAACAGCAGCUUUUGCUCAUACCAGUCAAAUUUUAAUUGAUAAAUCAUUGAAAGGAUGGAAAGAAGUAGAAUAUGAAGUUGUGAGAGAUGCUUAUGACAACUGUAUUACUGUUUGUAAUAUGGAGAAUGUGGAUCCUUUAGGAAUUCAUACAGGAGAAUCUAUUGUUGUAGCUCCUAGUCAGACAUUGACCAAUGAGGAAUAUAACAUGCUUCGUACAACAGCGAUUAGAGUUAUCCGCCAUCUUGGUGUUGUAGGAGAGUGUAAUAUCCAAUAUGCUCUUAAUCCAGAAUCACAACAGUAUUUCAUUAUUGAAGUUAAUGCUAGAUUAUCAAGAAGUUCUGCAUUAGCUAGUAAAGCUACAGGGUAUCCACUAGCUUAUGUUGCUGCAAAAUUAGCCUUAAACAUUCCACUACCAUGCCUUAAAAAUUCUGUAACCAAUUCAACAACUGCAUGUUUUGAACCAAGUUUAGAUUACUGUGUUGUAAAGAUACCUCGUUGGGAUUUGAAGAAAUUUUCAAGAGUUUCAACAAAGAUUGGAAGUUCUAUGAAGAGUGUUGGAGAAGUAAUGGCUAUUGGUAGAAAGUUUGAAGAAGCAUUCCAGAAAGCUCUCAGAAUGAUGGAUGAAAAUGUUUCAGGAUUUGAUCCUCAUAUACAAUCAGUUUCAGAAAAUGAGUUACAACAUCCUACAGAUAGAAGAAUAUUUGUACUGGCAGCAGCAUUAAAACAAGGUUAUAAUGUAGAUAAAUUGUAUGAAUUAACUGCUAUUGACCGCUGGUUUUUAAAUAAGUUUAAAAAUAUCACUGAUCAUAUAACAAUUCUGGAACAAUAUCAACGACAGCCAAAGAAAGUUCCUCAAGAAAUUUUCCUGAAAGCUAAACAAUUAGGAUUUUCAGAUAUACAAAUAGCAAAAGCUGUUUCAAGUACAGAAUUGGUUAUUCGAAAAAUCCGACAUGAUUUUAACAUAAUACCAUUUGUAAAACAAAUAGAUACAGUUGCUGGGGAAUGGCCAGCCUCAACAAACUAUCUUUAUUUAACUUAUAAUGGUGAACAACAUGAUAUAGACUUCCCAGGAGGUCAUGUGAUGGUUUUAGGGUCAGGUGUUUAUAGAAUAGGAAGCAGUGUAGAGUUUGAUUGGUGUGCAGUCAAUUGCAUCCGAGAACUACGUAAGCUGAACUAUAAAACUAUAAUGGUUAAUUAUAAUCCAGAAACUGUUAGCACAGAUUAUGAUAUGUGUGACAGACUUUAUUUUGAUGAAAUUUCAUUUGAGACUGUAAUGGAUAUAUAUGUUUUAGAGAAUCCUGAAGGUAUUAUAUUAUCUGUUGGUGGGCAGUUACCAAACAAUAUUGCCAUGUCACUUCACAGACAACAGGCAAGGAUUUUGGGAACAUCACCAGAGAGUAUAGAUAAUGCUGAGAACAGAUUUAAGUUUUCUCGUAUGUUAGAUAAUAUGUCUAUAAGUCAACCACGAUGGAAGGAACUUACUACUAUAGAGACUGCUAUAAAAUUUGCCAAUGAAGUUGGAUAUCCAUGUUUGAUCCGUCCAUCAUAUGUAUUAAGUGGAGCUGCGAUGAAUGUGGCUCACACACAUCAAGAUUUAGAAAAUUAUUUAACACAAGCUAGUGCUGUAUCUAAAGAACACCCUGUUGUUAUAUCCAAAUUUAUCUUAGAGGCGAAGGAAAUAGAUGUAGAUGCUGUAGCGUGUGAUGGGGAAGUAGUUUGUGUAGCUGUAUCAGAACAUGUAGAAAAUGCUGGAGUACAUUCUGGCGAUGCUACACUUGUCACACCACCUCAAGAUUUAAAUGAAGAAACAUUGGGUAAAAUAAAAGCUAUAUGUUGUGUUAUAGCUAGAGCACUAGAAGUUACAGGACCAAUGAAUAUACAACUUAUUGCUAAGGAUAAUCAACUAAAAGUAAUAGAAUGUAAUGUGCGUGUGUCAAGGUCAUUCCCAUUUGUAUCAAAAGCUUUAGAUCAUGAUUUUAUAGCUACAGCUACUAGAGUUAUUAUGGGAGAAAUUGUUGAACCUACCAAUGUUAUAUAUGGAUGUGGUAGAGUCGCAGUAAAGGUACCAGUUUUCUCAUUUUCCCGCCUACAUGGAGCUGAUGUACUACUAGGUGUAGAAAUGGCCAGUACUGGUGAAGUGGCAGGGUUUGGAGAGAAUAGAUAUGAAGCUUAUCUUAAAGCACAACUUAGCACUGGAUUUAAGAUACCACAUAAAAACAUUCUUAUAUCUAUUGGAAGUUUUAAGUAUAAAAAUGAAUUAUUACCAACAAUUAAAACAUUAAUAGAUUUGGGAUAUGAAUUGUUUGCUAGUAUGGGGACAGCUGAUUUCUACAAUGAACAUGGAUUGAAGAUAAAAGCUGUUGAUUGGCCAUAUGAAGACACAGAUCAACAAGGUAGAAAUGGUGGGGAACAAAGAACAAUAGCUGAUUAUUUAGCCGAGAAUAUGUUUGAUCUUGUUAUUAAUCUGCCACUACGUAAUGGUGGGUCACAUCGUGCCUCGACUUUUGUAACUCAGGGUUACAAGACAAGAAGAAUGGCAGUAGACUAUUCUGUACCACUCAUAACCGAUGUCAAAUGUGUUAAAAUGUUUGUUGAGGCUUUGCGUAUGUUAAAAGGACCACCUGCUGUUAAAACACAUAUAGACUGUAUCUCAUCACAGAAAGUUGUUAGAUUACCAGGUUUGAUAGAUGUUCAUGUACAUGUGCGGGAACCAGGAGCAACUCAUAAAGAAGAUUGGGCAUCUGCUACAGCUGCUGCCUUAGCAGGGGGAGUAACUCUUAUAUUAGCUAUGCCUAAUACAAAUCCACCAACAGUUGACCAAACAGCCUUUAAUGUUACCAAAAAGUGUGCCACCCAGGGUGCUCGAUGUGAUUAUGGUAUUUAUGUUGGUGCUAGUUCUGAUAAUUUUCAGACGUUACCCCAAAUUGGUUCUAAAGCCAUUGCUUUAAAGAUGUACCUCAACGAUACUUUCACAACAUUGAAAUUAGAUAGUAUUGCUGUGUGGAUGAAGCACUUUGAACAUUGGCCAAAGAAUCUACCAAUAUGUUGUCAUGCAGAAGGAACAACUACAGCAGCUGUUAUAUUAUUAGCAGAUUUAUUCAAACGACCUGUACAUAUUUGUCAUGUAGCAAGAUUGGAAGAGAUACUAGUGAUCCGUGCCGCAAAAGAAAAAGGACUCUCUGUAACAUGUGAAGUGGCCCCACAUCAUUUAUUUUUGACAGCAGAUGACCUUGAUAGAAUUGGUCAAGAAAGAGGUCAGGUUAAACCGCCUUUAGUAAGGAAAGAAGAUCAACAAGCAUUAUGGGACAAUAUGGAUAUAAUUGAUUGUUUUGCAACUGAUCAUGCUCCACAUGCAGUGGAAGAGAAGAACAGUUCCAAACCACCUCCAGGUUUUCCUGGUUUAGAGACAAUGUUACCGUUACUACUGACAGCUGUUAAUGAUAACAGGCUUACACUAGAGGAUAUUGUAUCUCGUUUAUACACGAAUCCUAGACGUAUAUUUAAUCUACCAGAACAACCAGACACUUACAUAGAAGUAGAUCUAGAGAGCAAAUGGACAAUACCCCAAUAUAUGAAAUACACAAAAUCAAAAUGGACCCCAUUUGCUGGAAAGAGCGUUUGUGGUGUUGUUAGACGGGUUGUUUUACGUGGAGAAACGGCAUUUAUUGAUGGCGAGAUUUUAGUCCAGCCAGGCUUUGGUGUUGAUGUAAGGUCGAUGACACCACACAAUCAAUUAGUUACAGUUGAACCACCUCAGCUCUCAUUAUAUAUUCCACCUGUAUCAUCACUACCUAUAUCCGAACCAGGUAGUCCUAGAAAACUGGGUGGUCAUACUCACGACAGAUAUAUUCAUCCUAUUAAAAGUUUUGACAGUUUUUCUUCUUUACCCGAAUCUCCAGAUUAUAAAGAUAUUCGACCAGCUGUAGGUCUUCAUUCUAUAUCUGAAACAUGUGUGCCAUCAGUACAGGAUAAACCUAUAGCUGAUAGAUGGCUAGCACCGAUGCCACUAAAGUCACCAGUUCAUACAUCACAGGAGCUACACAGUGGUUUAAUGGAUCCCGGUAAUCUGCCAGUACAACAUUAUCAUCCUGUAGGCAUGCCACAUUAUACACCAGGUCUAACUGGACAUCAUGUCUUGUCUGUUAUAUCAUUUACAAAAGAACAGCUACAUCAAAUAUUUAAUCUUGCCCAUAAUUUCCGAGUUGGGGUAAUGAGAGAUAGACCUCUCGACUACAUCUUAAAGGGAAAAGUAAUGGCAUCCAUGUUUUUUGAAGCUAGUACAAGAACUAGUUGUUCAUUUGGUGUCGCCAUGCAGAGACUGGGUGGAUCUAUUAUUAACUUAAAUGAGGUUACAUCUUCUGUACAGAAAGGAGAAAGUUUAUAUGAUACUGUUGCCAUGAUGUCAGGCUAUGCUGAUGUGAUAGUGUUAAGACAUCCUAAACCAGGUGCCGUUCUAACAACAGCCAGAACAUGUCGUAAACCUGUAAUAAAUGCUGGAGAUGGUGUUGGAGAACAUCCCACACAAGCUCUUUUAGAUGUCUUUACGAUCCGAGAAGAAAUUGGUACUGUUAAUAAUCUUACUAUAACAAUGGUAGGAGAUUUAAAGAAUGGUAGAACAGUUCAUUCUCUAGCCCGUCUGUUAACAUUAUAUAAAGUUAAUCUAAGAUAUGUUUCUCCGGCUGGUUUAAGGAUGCCAGAUGAUAUACAAGACUUUGUAGCAUCCAAGGGUAUAAAACAGGAGGAAUUUACUAAUGUAGAGAAGGUAUUAUUAGAUACUGAUGUUCUAUAUAUGACAAGAAUACAGAAAGAAAGAUUCUCUAAUCAAGCUGAAUAUGAACAGGCAUGUGGUCAGUGUGUCAUAACUCCAGAACUGAUGACGAAAGCUAAAAAGAAAAUGGUGGUAAUGCAUCCAUUGCCACGUUUAGAAGAAAUAAGUCAAAGUUUCGAUACUGAUCCAAGAGCAGCCUACUUCCGUCAAGCUGAAAAUGGAAUGUAUGUUAGAAUGGCACUGUUGGCUUUAGUGCUAGGAAAAUGUUAAAAAGUUCCAGUAUAUGAUGUAAACACUGCUAUUUCAUAUCAAUACUCAAAAUUGUCUCAUAUUAUAAGCUUUAUAUAUUAUGUACAUGCAUUUCUUUUAUGGGUGUUGCUUUAUUGGCACAAAACUGAAAAUCUCAUACAUUAUUGAAAUAUGUUAAAUAUCAGCCAUUUCUUAUAUCCUGAAUGAAACUAAAUGUUAGUAACUCAUACAUUAUUAGAAUAUUUUAAAUAUCUAAUCAGCCAUUUCUUAUAUCCUAAAUGUUACAAGCUCAUACAUUAUUAGAAUAUUUUAAAUAUCGUAUCUAAUCGAUCAUUUCUUAUAUCCUAAGUGUUAAAAACUCAUACAUUAUUAGAAUAUUUUAAAUAUCUAAUCAACCGUUUCUUAUAUCCUAAAUGUUACAAACUCAUACAUUAUUAGAAUAUUUUAAAUAUCGUAUCUAAUUGAUCAUUUCUUAUAUCCUAAGUGUUAAAAACUCAUACAUUAUUAGAAUAUUUUAAAUAUCUAAUCAACCGUUUCUUAUAUCCUAAAUGUUACGAACUGAUACAUUAUUAGAAUAUUUUAAAUAUCUUAUCUAAUCGAUCAUUUCUUAUAUCCUAAAUGUUAAAAACUCAUACAUUAUUAGAAUAUUUUAAAUAUCUAAUCGACCAUUUCUAAUAUCCUAAAUGUUACAAACUUAUACAUUAUUAGAUUAUUUUAAAUAUCUAAUCGACAAUUUCAAAACUCCCGUCUUUUAUUAGCCCUUAUUGAUACAGAAAUGUAAGAUGUUAAACCCCAUUUCAUUUCCUUUCAUUUUAAAACUAUACUUAAAUAUGCCUUAUGGAUCUCAUAUAACUCAUAAUCUUAUGUGUGAGGUUGUGUCUGAACACCCUUUAAAAAUCACAAAUAGCAGAUGUUUAGAGGUGUAGAAUCCAUUAAUUGAUUAAUGUUGGUAUUAAAGAUAUUGAAUCUAUUAAUAUUGGUAUUACAGAUAUUGAAUUCAUAAUUACUGUGUAUGUUCAUGUUGGUAUUAAAGGCAUUGAAUUGAUUAUUAUUGUGUCCUAUUUUUGGAACAUGGUUCCAAGACAUAAAGCAUGAACUGAAUAUAGUAAUAUAGAUUCACAGAACUGGUUAAACACGUUUCAAAUGUAAUUCUAAUACCGAGUUCAUUGCUACGAUAGAUGGGUAAUGAAGAUUUGAAGAAACGAAAGCAAAAGGAAAACACAAGUUAUUCUUCUAUAUAACUGACUGAAGUAACGUGUGAUAACAGAUACACUGGCGAAUUUCUGCUCACUAAUAAUUUCUUCGAAGGCCAGUGGUUGUUAUAUGAGACUUUGGGAGGAUAUCUGACAAUUCAAAACAAAAAUUGACCGUCACUAGAUAAGAGAAAACGAAAAAAAAAAAAAUAGAAAAAGUAUGUGCAUUACCAUGUUUUUUUAUUAAGUAUAGAAUGAAUAAAAACAAUUGAUCAUGAUGUUACUAAAUAACAGAAAAAGUAGUUAUAUCCAUACAUACCUGGUGUUUUUGUUAUGAAUGAUUCUUGAUGUUGAAUUGGUAUUGUUCAAUGUAGUGGAUUAUUGUUUAAGUAUGUCAUUUCAUUUACAUGUAUUUAUAUGUAUAUUGUUCAUGAUAUUGAAAUGAUAUUUGCCAUUAUUUGAACAGUUUCUCUUUCCCACAAUAUAUUUGGUAUAUGUAUAUAUGUCAAAAUAUCAAUCAAAUAUAUUUUAUAUUAAAGUGACAUUAUGUAAGAGGAGAUAAACAGCUUACAGUUCUUGCUAUAAUAGUUAUAACAUAGAUAUUGACAAGAGAAUAUUCUGAAAAUUUCAGUCAAAUUACUUCACUCUGAGUCUAGAUAUUAGCGAUACAAUUAUAGGCUAGCUUCGUUGUCAUUACUACUGUUCUUUUGAAAAUACGUGUAAACAAAGUCUUGAUUAUCCAUUUUUGCGGUUACCGCAUCCACCACAAAUCGUAUUUGAAUCUACUAAAUAUCGCAGGCAUCCGAUGGCACCGAGAGUUGAAUAUGGUCUUGGUAAGUUAAUAAAUGUCUAAUUAAUAAUUUAUAUAACAUUUCAGGCAUAAAGAAGGACAUGUAAUAAGCAGAUUUAGCUCUUGCAUAAUGCAUGUUUAAUAUUUUGAAGAAUAUGUAAUUCUAUUUGAUUAAAACAAAACCCCAAAACUUUCAUAGCUAGGGUGAAUAUUACAUAUGUAUAUAUCAAAGUGCUCUCCAGGAGUUACAGUAUGUGAAAAGAGAGAAAAAAAUAAAGUACUAUUUUUAAAUAAAU